AACACCGACAUUCCAUUUUAACAUUUUACAAGAAUUCACAGACGUCUUUAUCGACGAAGGUAAAAAAUUGGUUCAAGAUUUGAAAUUAAACGCAAAUAAAGUAAUAGAUGUGGUCCCGAUCGUGACACAAUUCACGUUACAAACGAUUUGUGAAACAGCUAUGGGAACAACUUUGGCUAAAUCCGGCGAUGCUUAUCGAGAUUCGAUUUAUAAAAUGGGUGAAUUAACAGUGCAUAGAAUAGUUAGACCGUGGUACUAUUCACCUUUAAUUUAUAUAUUUUCACGACAAUUUUGGGAAUCUUGGAUUACCACGAAUUAUCUUCACAAAUUUACCAUGAAAGUAAUCAAAGACCGAGAAACAACAUUUAAUCCAUCGGAUAUUACCUCUACGAAGGAUGGUUUUCAAUUGAAUACUAAGAAAAAAAUGGCUAUGCUUGAUUUACUUUUAUCGGCAAAACGAUCCGGAUCUGCCAUCAAUGAUAAAGGAAUUCAAGAAGAAGUUGACACCUUUAUGUUUGAGGGCCACGACACAACAGCAACCAGCAUUUCAUUUACAUUCAUGCUUCUCGCCAACAAUAAAGACGUUCAGCAAAAAAUAUUUGAAGAGCUUUACGAUAUUUUCGGCGAUGAUUCCGAUCGGGAUAUAACGAUGAACGAUUUAAGCCAAAUGAAAUACUUGGAGCGAGUUAUAAAAGAAUCUUUGCGAUUGUAUCCGAGCGUUCCUAUGAUUGGACGUUGUACAAGCGAGGAUAUGGUGACCAGUACGGGAUGUAAAAUUCCAAAAGAUGUGAUUGUGAUGGUGAGGAUUUAUGACAUCCAUAGGAAUCCGGAAAUUUAUCCGGAUCCGGAAAAAUUCGAUCCAGAUCGGUUUUUACCCGAAAAUUCUAAAGGAAGACAUCCGUUUGCUUAUAUACCAUUCAGUGCCGGACCCAGGAACUGCAUAGGCCAAAAAUUUGCAAUGUUGGAAUUAAAAACCGCAGUUGCUUCUGUAAUGAGACAUUUUCAAUUAGAACCGGUUGAUACACCGGAUACCAUCAAACUUCAAACCGAUAUAAUUAUCAGGACAACCCAUGGGUUGAAAAUGAAGUUUAUACCGAGGAAAUUAUAAAUAUAUAUACAUAUAUAUAAUAUUUAUAAGGUUCCUAUCACUAAUU